AUGCCGGGCCACCACCAUUUCUUCUGUGCCGAAUGGCGCCGUUUGCGCAAGGUCGUGGUCGUCGAAGACGAGGUGCUCUUCGACCUCGUGGCCGGCGCGCGAAGCCCGGAGGAGGUGCUGCUGGACUUCUGUACGGAGUUCGCCAAGCAGAACGGCUUGCAGGGUUGGAGAGUGGAGGUCGACGAGGACCUCUUCAACCACAUCAACGAGCUCGACGAAGCCGAUCGUGCAGAUGGCUCUGCUAGUGGGCUGCCACGUGGAAGGAGCACGGUGUCCCGGGAAGCUACGAAGAACCUGGGUCGAGGUCGGUCCGCCUCGCCGCGGUCGGGCUCCCCGCUGCACCGUGGUGCGACCCGGCGCCUGCAAGCUUGCAGGGCCUUGUCCCCGAGCCGUGCGGCCGCCACUCGCACACCGACACCCUCUCGACGGUCGCCGUUGCAGCGUGUGGCGACAUCGACCACGAGUCUGGUCAUCGGUGCACCCGCGACGACUGGCAGUGGGCCAUCCAGGCCUAUGCUCUUCAUCAACGAGCAGCACCCGCUUGCACACCUUCCGGAUCCACUCGGUCGCGACGACUUUGUUGUCGAACUUCGGAGGCGGCUGCGUGUCCCUCGGCUCUUUGGCAAAGAGGCCCGGGAGCACGGCGAGCGAGCAGGAGGCGCCGGCUUGGGCCAGGGCGAGCCGAUGCUGACGGUGGAGGAGUGCGAGGACCUCUUCGAUAUCUUGCUCCAGAUGCAGAGGAUGGCCGGCGCAGCCCACAGCAAUCCUGGGAGCUUGUCGUUCGGAUACUCAAUGGAUGCCACGGUGGAAUCCUUUCUGGGGCUGUGCUCGCUCCGGAAGGCCAUGGAGCGCGGGACGCCGUCCCUCAACGCCUUCCUUGGCAGCUUAGAAGUGAAGGAGAUGAAGUUGAUCGACCCCACGUUGAUGCGGCAGUUCUUGGUACAGGCUAGUCACAGGCUGGCAGGAGAAGGUGGUCUCCCAGGUGCCGUCCCUGUCGAGCUGAUCGUAAAGGCUCACAGCGGCAUCGACGUUCCAGAGCUGAGACGCCGCUUGGCACUGGCUGCUCCGGUCGGGGCGCCUCUUCUGGAGUUCAUGGGCCACUUCGAGGUGAAGCACGGCUUCGGCAGGUCCCAUCUGCACAGUGCCAGCGACUUCGUUAAUAUGUGGAUGCACUGCAGCGGCCACGAGCACCUGGACGUUUCUCCGCAGGAUGUGGCGAACUUCUUUCGGAUCUUUGGCGGAUCGUCACAUAUGGCUUUGAUGCCGGAGGCCCUCGAUGAGGCUGGGACAAGUGUCACGGCUCCGAAUGAAUCGAGUUGGAGAGGCCCUAAUCCCUAUACCAUCCUAUACUAUUACCCUAAAUCCUGCAAACCCUAUACCCUUCGAGGGAGCCUUGCAGGAGAAGCGAAGAGGAGAGCUCAGUCUGAAGCCCUCUGA